UUCUAUGGUCAUACAAAACACUGAUGUGCCACUCGCAACAGACGCCCUCGAGUUCGUCUUCCUUGGCACAGGCACUUCAAGCAGCCUACCACAUGUCAGAUGUCUGACGGCAGGGCCAAGUGAUCCUAAGUGCGAGGCUUGCUUGUCGACACUGACACCAGCGGGGAGGAAGAAUGCACGUCGUAACACGAGUGCGGUUUUCAGGGUGAAAGGCAUGAAUGGCAAUCUAGUAACUGUGGUGAUAGAUGUGGGCAAGACAUUCCUGGCUUCAGCUCUGGAAUUAUUUCCGAAGUAUCAACUGAGAAGAAUAGACGCGGUGCUAAUCACACAUGCUCAUGCCGAUGCCAUGAACGGGUUGGACGAUUUACGCGGUUGGACCUUGCAUGGCAAUAUUCAACCCUACAUCGACAUUUAUGCGUCUCAAGCAACAUAUAAUGAAGUGGGGAGAGCAUUUCCGUAUCUGGUUUCAAAGGAGUUCGCUUCCGGUGGUGGAGAUGUCCCUGAGUUCAAAUGGCAUAUCAUAGAAGACAGGCAACCUUUCGAGAUUUUGGACACGGGAAUUCGAGUCACUCCAUUUUGCGUUCACCAUGGGAGGGUGUUCAGUCAAUGUCCGCCACCCUCCGCGAGUCUUCCGACUCCGAGCUACACGUCUCCUCCCACACCUGUUUCGGGCCGUAAUUCACCAUUUCCAAGCUUUGCACCCCCCAGCCGGAUUCAUCCGGACGAACUGCGCGGAAUCGAACCCCCAAGACCCGAGCCGUAUUUAUGCAUGGGCUUCAAGAUUCAGGAUGCUGUUGUCUAUAUAUCGGACGUCUCUCUCAUUCCCGAAGACGUAUACCAAUUUCUUUUGGGGUCUGGUAAUUCAGAUGAAUCAACGCGGAUCCCCGUGCUUGUCUUGGACUGCCUGCGCAUCAAGUCACACACGUCGCACUUCGGUUUGAAGCAAUCGGUGGACGCCGUACGUAGGUUCAAAGCGAAGCGCAGCUAUCUAGUUGGGUUUACGCAUGAUAUGACGCAUGAGGAAUAUACUGAGGUUCUUCAAUCCGUCGAAGGACUUGGAGACUUGUCGAACAUGACGGAAGAUGUCCGUAACGCCAUUGCAAUGAUAGAGGGAGGGGACAAGCAGUGGGUUCGGCCAGCAUUCGAUGGGUUACGUCUUUUCAUUUCUCCAGAUGGUACUGUGCGGGAGGAUGACUCCAGUUAGCUUUUUGCCCGUAUUAAUAGCACUAGUACUGCUAGAAUUAGUAACUUUACAUGUCUCGUUCAGCUACC